AUGGAAGUGAUAUUAUCACAGAGAUUAUCACCACUUUUAAAGUGCAUAAUUCUUUUUCUAUUCAUAUUUACGGCAAAAGUACUCACGUCUCGCCCUCAAGACUCUGUAGAGAAUAGUAACAGCAUACAUCAUCAGAAACCAGCUCACUAUGUUCGUACAUUCACCAAAUAUCAUCACAGAAGGACAAUCCAAUGGAACAACAUGGAUAGUUCUUGGAAUGACCACCCGAAGGUUGUUCACAAACGGAGUGUUUCAAAUUCAAAUGAAUUACCCGAAUUUAAUCAGUUAGCUUCUGACUCUGUAAGAGGCAACAUAAUAGGAGUGUCGGAUAAGGAACAAAAUGUAUCAAAUGAGGUAAAAAAAUCAGUUAAAGAAGAGACUACAACUACAAGUGGCCCUGUGACUCAACCAGGAAACAUUUGUCUUUAUAAGAUAGAUAAUGUUGCGCUGAGCGUUACUCCAUCUUAUAAAGAUGAUAAGAAUGCUCAGUUGGUAGUGGAGAAUGAAAUUUAUGAUACAGGCAAGCUAUCUGAAGCAACAUUACCCAAUGGUGAAGUGGUACAAGUUCAACAUUGUUCUGAUCCUCGAGCUUAUUGUUACACACUUUGGCAUCAAGACAACGAGGGUAACAUCACUGUGCUUGGACAGGGGUGCUGGCGUUCUUCCCAAUGUGACGAUGGUAGCAACUGCGAUAAAUGCGUUAGUGUUACAGCGAAGCUGCCUGACAGCAAAUUCUGCCUCUGUACAAAGAGUUAUUGCAAUGCAGACUUCACAUCCCUGAGAGAAGAAACGGUGACAAUAAAAGCAGAAUCGACAAUGGAAAGUGCGACACAUCCGAACUACUCCAGUGCUGUGGCAGCCGCCAUUUUGGUGUUGGUCGCCAUUUUGUUGAUGGCCAUCGUAUUCAGAAAGGUAUAUUGCAACCGAGCUGAACUGGACAAGGAUGAACUGAGCGAUGGAAUGGAUUUGGAAAAGGGUGACGUUAUGGGAAGCGGACCAGAUGCAUUGGCGACUGGACUACUGUGUGUCGAUAAUCUCACACUGAUUGAACAUAUAGGCCAGGGCAAAUUCGGAUCGGUGUGGCGCGGAAGCCUAGGUUCGACUCCCGUCGCUGUCAAAUUGUACACAAGCCCCAGCGCCUGGCACAAGGAGGCCACCGUGUACGCGAUACCGCAUCUCGCUCACCCUAACAUUUUGAGAUAUUACGGCAGCGACAGUAGGCCUUCGCUAACGGACGGGGGCGGUCGCUCCCACCUGUUGGUCCUCGAGCUGUGCCCCAUGUCCCUGCGAGCGAGACUGCAACAGGCGCCCGUCACUUGGCUGGAAUUCGCCACACUUGCCCACGGUCUUUCAUCUGCGCUGGCGCACCUACAUACACCUUGUGGUAGCAAGCCGUGUAUAGUCCACCGCGACGUGAACAGCGGCAAUGUGCUGGUGGCUCAUGACGGAACGGCUCGUUUGGCUGAUCUUGGCUUGGCUCAGCCGCUAACGCCGCGCAUAGACAACGCCGCACCCACUAGAAUUACGGAGGCGGGCACACUACGCUACCUGUCCCCCGAAGCGCUAGAAGGCGCGUUAGACUUGAGUGGCGCGCGCGCAGCCCUAUGCGCAGUCGACGUGUUCGCGUUGGGGCUAGUCAUUUGGGAGAUGCUCUGGCGCUGCAGUGGAGCCCAUAGCAGUGUGCAAUGCUACGCGCAGCCCUACCAUCUCCACGGUCUGCCUCAAAGACCAUCUUUAACUCAGAUGCAGACAUUGGUGUGUCGGAAUAAGGCCCGCCCCCCACUGCCGCGUGGGCCGGUCGCCGAAACGCGGGCUCUCAAAAUAGCGACCGAUACAUGCGACGAGUGCUGGGAUCAUGAUGCUGAAGCUAGACUAACCGCUGUCUGCGUGGAGGAGCGGAUGGCUGAGUUGAAACUGAUGCUGCUGAUGCAGGGUCCGGUCAUCCAUGAUAAUAACCUGCAUCCACAUCCGCCUGAGACUACCCCAUCAUUGACUCCGAACGAGAUCGACAAGAACUCCAAUUGCGUCCCGUCCAACGGUGACGUCACCACGCCCCUUCUAUAUCCGCACCCACACAUAGGCAGAAACGCGUGCAUCGAGCGAAAUACCAACACAAACACGCAAACACACACAGUCGAACUCAUACACAAGAGUCUCAAAGAUAUCGCUUCUGAAGCCAGGCCCAGGCCGCAAACGGAAAACUGCCUCUCAGUAGCGAGAAUCACCCAACACAGGUUCCAAACGCAAGAAAACUCGGAUAGAUUCAACGAGAUCCGAUCCUACCAACGCCCGUUAGAAUACGUCCAGAACGACGUAAGUGCCCCCGAAGAGAGAAGCCUCAAGCAGACCAAUCUCCUGCAAGAUCAGAAAGACAAGAAGUGGGGAUUCAAAAAGUUCUUCGAGAGAAAGAAGCCCAAGGAUACAGAAGUGAAGUUGGUCACGGAGAAUGUCGCACAGAACGGAAGAACGAGAACGUCGGUAGUGGACAAACCGAGUAACCUAAAUUACAACAGGCCCAAAAAUCUAGGCCUCCAAGAUGCGCCGUACAACUUCGAAGCACCGUGUACCUUAUCUCCCCCUAAUAAGACCCUCUCCCCCACCAUGUUGUUGGAGUCAGAAUUGAACACAGCCUUCCGGGAACUGCCCUCGCAAAUCGAGAACGAGAGAAACCAGGUUUUCGCCGUCAUUGUGCCCAAGGUUAAGCAGGACGUGACGCAGAACAAAUCCAAAGGCAGUUCGGAGAGUUUAAACAAGAGAUCGAUUCGCACAUCGAUGUCCUCUCAAAGUAUGAAAGCUGGACAUUCAGAAUCCGAGGACUCGACUCUGAAGAAGCGAUUGAGUUGCGACAAUCGAAUCAUUACCAAUUCCAACAGCGCUGGGUCGUCGCGCGCGUCCAUCAAUCUGGAACUACAGUAUUUGCCCAAUCAAACGGAAAAUUUCAAUGGCGACAGUCCCUACGACCUGAACUCGGACUGUUCCAGCAGCGAAGACGAGCACUUAAUGUUGCUCUCCGAAAACAACGGCACCAAAAUUACAAUACAGACGAUACCGCGGCCCAUCGACGAGAACAUGAUGAAGUUCCAGAAUGAGGUCCUGAAGGAAGCCACGCAGACCAGAACGGAUUUCACGUUCAACAAGUAUCAAAAUAAAUACACGAAUUUUGAUAACGAGUUCAGCGAUCCGAACGACAAGGAAAACUUGGUUAACGGGUACAGUGGUGACAACCCAGUGUACUUGGCUGCGCUGAACGGGGAGAUCGACACGAGUGAAUUGAAAAUCAUCGAUGAAGGCCAGAAGUCACCGAAACCGCCUUUGAAGUCGCUGUCUAUAAAGCGACAACACUCGCUGGAGCAAGUGAAUGAGAUCUUUUCGUCCUCUGGUGAUCUGCAUCUGCAGAACCCUGCCGGAAGGGUCAAGACCCCGGGAGACUUGCCUGUGGCCAUAAGACGGGCGAGGCGAGACAGGGCUUUGCAGAAGGGUCGGGCCAGUGAAUGUAAUCGAUUGAGUUUGUACGAUGAUAGAAUGAUGUUUGGAAACAGUCUUUAG